CGGGGACCACUGGCAGCGGCGGCAGCUCGCGCCCGCGCCCUCCUCGCACCCGAGGCGCCCCCCGGAGACAGACCCCCCCCGCCCCGCGGCCCAGGCCGGGGCCCCGAACCCAGCGGGUGCCGCGUCUCCACCUGGGGCCUCCAUCACCCCCACCGAGCCAUGUUCCAGGCUGCAGAAGCCGCCCAGGCCACCCCCUCUCAUGAAGCCAAAGGCAGCGGUGCCGGCAGCACUGUCCAGCGCUCCAAGUCCUUCAGCCUUCGGGCCCAGGUGAAGGAGAGCUGUGCCGCCUGCCAGAAGACCGUGUACCCCAUGGAGCGGCUGGUGGCCGACAAGCUCAUUUUCCACAACUCUUGCUUCUGUUGCAAGCACUGUCACACCAAGCUGAGCCUGGGCAGCUACGCCGCACUGCACGGGGAGUUUUACUGCAAACCCCACUUUCAGCAGCUGUUUAAGAGCAAAGGCAACUACGAUGAGGGCUUCGGCCGGAAGCAGCAUAAGGAGCUUUGGGCCCACAAGGAGGUGGACUCAGGCACCAAGACGGCCUGAGGCCCCUCUGCCAUCCACUGUCUCUGUA